AUGGCAGAGGCAAAACCGUCGAUAGCAUUCAUCGGCCUGGGAGCCAUGGGCUUUGGCAUGGCCUUGAACCUCGUCAAACGUGGAUACCCAGUGACAGGCUACGACAUUUGGCCCCCAGCCCUCGAGAGGUUUCGAGCCGCUGGAGGACACACAGCAAAUAGCCCUUCCCAGACCGUCGCCAACAAGCCUUUCUGCAUCUGCAUGGUUGCCACGGCAGAGCAGGCACAGUCUGUGCUGUUAUCCGGACCGGACCCAGCAGUCCCUGCCAUGCCCUAUGGUGCAGUACUUAUCUUGUCGUCAACGGUGUCCUGUGACUAUGUUCGAUCACUCGACCGGCAGCUCCAUAGCCUUGGACGUGGCGAUAUCUUCCUCAUUGAUAGCCCCGUGUCGGGCGGGGCCGCCCGUGCCGCGGAAGGAACCUUAUCCAUCAUGGCAGGGAUGUCGGAAGAGGCAUUGGACAAAGUACGACCACUGCUGGCCGAGAUGGCAGAUCCGAAAAAACUCUAUGUUGUCCAGGGAGGGGUGGGAGCUGGGAGCAACAUGAAGAUGGUACACCAAGUGUUGGCGGCUUGUCAAAUCUUGGCGGCGAGCGAAGUCAUGGGCUUUGCGGAGCGAUUGGGGCUGGAUCUGGUAACCACACAGAAAGCUGUGCUGCAAUCGGACACGUGGAACUGGAUGUUUGAACAUCGAACUCCGAGGAUGUUGACACAUUUCCAACCCGUGGCAAGUGCAGUGAACAUCAUCACAAAGGACACGAGCAUCAUCACGGCCGAAGGAAGACGAAGAGGGUUUCUGACUCCGAUGACGAGUGUGGCGGAACAGGUGUAUUUCUGUGCCAUUGGGAGAGGGUUUGGGCCAGAUGAUGACAGCAGCCUCAUCCGGUUGUACACGGAAUCAAAAGGAGCAGCGACUGUGAACUUAAGUGAGACAGAAGAGGAGAAGCUUGGACUGGUCAUGGAUUUGAUGACGGGCAUCCUUAUCUGCUCAGUUGGGGAAGCCCUCGCGUUUGCUAGUGCGGUUGACUUGGACCUGGAACAGGUGUUUGACUUGUGUGUUAAUGCUGCUGGAGCGAGCACGAUUUUGGGAAAACUUGGGCCAAGCUUCAUCGCAGCUCUUCGAGCGGGUGUGAACACAAACAGUUUGGUAGCAAAGGACAGCGAAGGGACAAUCGGCGCAGUAGUCGAAAGGCUUCAAAGGGUUCUGGAAACGGCACAGCAGCUGAAGGUGCCGCUGUUUUUAGGCAGCCAGGCUUUCCAUAUCCUCCAGCGCGCAUUGCGGGUUACCUCGCCACGAGCUGCACUGUGUGCUGUGGUCAGCGCCUGGGUGGUGCAGUGA